UGUCUCCCCGUGUCUCCCGCUGUCUCUGUCUCUCCGUGUCUCCCCGUGUCUCCCUGUGUCUCCGUCUCCUCCCGGUGUCUCCCGCUGUCUCUGUGUCCCCCUUCUCCGCGCGCCAUGAGGUUGGUUCGCGCGCUGCUGCAGAGCGGCGCGGGCAACAUCCCGCGCCACAUCGAGCACUACUCUCGAUUCUCGCCCUCACCACUCUCCAUGAAGCAGUUCAUGGACUUCGGCUCGGAGAAUGCGUGUGAGAAAACGUCUUUCACCUUCCUGCGCCACGAGCUCCCGGUGCGACUCUGCAACAUCAUGAAGGAGAUUAAUUUGCUCCCAGACAAACUCCUGCAGACUCCGUCCGUACGCCUCGUUCAGAGCUGGUACAACCAGAGCCUGUUGGACAUGCUCGACUACGAACGCAAGGACCCUGAGGAAGACGCAACUCUCAACAUUUUUGUGGAAACGCUGAUCAAGAUCCGGAACCGGCAUAACGACGUGGUGCCCACAAUGGCCCAGGGCGUGAUUGAGUACAAGGACGCCUACGGCGUGGAUCCCGUGUCCAGCUCCAACGUUCAGUACUUCCUCGACCGCUUCUACAUGAGCCGUAUCUCCAUCCGCAUGCUCAUCAACCAGCACACACUGCUGUUUGGAGGAGGCGUGAACCCCGCUCACCCCAAGCACAUCGGCAGCAUCGACCCGAACUGCGACGUGGUUGGCGUCAUCAAAGAUGCCUAUGAGAAUGCCAAGAUGCUCUGUGACCAGUAUUACUUGGCAUCCCCCGAACUGGAAAUCACCGAGUGCAAUGCCCAGACGCCCAAACAGGCCAUCCACGUGGUGAAUGUGCCUUCCCACCUGUACCACAUGCUGUUUGAACUUUUCAAGAACGCGAUGCGUGCCACGGUGGAGCACCACGCGGCCGACACGCUGGUGUACCCCCCCAUCGAGGUGCUGGUGGCGCUGGGCAAGGAGGACCUCACCAUACGGAUGAGCGACAAGGGAGGCGGGGUGCCUCUCCGAAAAAUCGACCGGCUGUUCAACUACAUGUACUCCACCGCGCCCCGACCACGCAUGGACACCUCCCGUGCUGCCCCCCUGGCUGGCUUUGGAUACGGGCUGCCCCUCUCCCGGCUCUACGCUCGCUACUUCCAGGGGGACAUUCACCUGUACUCCAUGGAGGGGCACGGCACCUCCGCCCUUGUCUACCUGAAGGCGCUGUCGAGCGAGUCGGUGGAGCGGCUGCCCGUCUACAACAAGUCGGCGUGGCGCCACUACCACGAGGCGCACGAAGCCGACGACUGGUGCGUGCCGAGCAGCGAGCCGCGCAACAUGGCCACCUACAAGCCGCGCUAGGGGCCGGCGGGCGCCCCGUCGCCCGGCACCGCUCGCCCGAGCCGUGGGCCCCGUCGGCGUGCGGUCAUCUCCAGACACUCGCCCACACCCAGCGACGUGGCACCCCCCCCCACUCCC